AUGGCGCUGCAAUUCAUCGACCAGAAGGGCGCGCCGGGGGCGGACAUAGGCUCGGCCGAGCGGCGCCUGAUCCGCUCCCACGUGAUGAAAGGCAAGAACGCGGGCAGACCACGCCGCUCUACAAAGAGACAAGCGGCCUUGCUGUAUCCCAUCAGGCGCGUCCUGACGUGGUCUGGCCCCAGCGUGGUGGUGGCGCCGGCGGCGAGGCCACGGCAGCUUCUGUGGAGCGACCUCAGCCUCACGUCGUUCCCACAGCAGCUCGAUUCUGAGUCUACCAAGCUGAUGCAUAGAUGGUUCUUCGAUAUCAGCGAUGAGUUAUUUCCGCCUCAGUUCUGCUGCAAGUUCGACAUUAUCAAGUCGAUCUGGGUGAACUGUAUUCUCCAAGAUGAGGCAUACUUUCACUCCACACUGGCAAUAUCAGCUUCUUAUGUUGAGUUUUGUCAGCGCAAGCCCAGUGUAUCCCCGAAGACGUUGCACCAUAUCGCAAAAGCCUAUGAGCUGGUCAACGUCAAGCUGUCUGGCCCCGACUCCAUCUCAGACAGCGCUAUAGCUGCUGUGGUCGCGCUCGUCAUGUACCAACAGGUACAUAACCAGCAUUCUGCCGGACUGGUUCACCUUCACGGGCUGUUCCAGAUGAUUCAGCUCAGGGGCGGAAUCUUCAGGCUUUUGAGGGAGAACCGGGCGUUGGCGCUGAAGGCGUUGAGGGUCGAUGCCGAGUUGGCGCUGCAGAAUGGCUCAGCCACUAUAUUUGGAGGUGACGAUUUACGCAAUGCCGUCUUGCCCGAUUCUGAAGCUUUCAAGGCUAUCAGAGAAAAUCUCCCCAACGCCGCGCCCGCAGAAUCCCCGUAUUUCAUGCUUGAGGUUGUUGCCUUUUCUAAGGUCCUCGAUACAAUUGAUCAAAAGGGGAGUUCCAGACUCGAUCCACUAGGCUUCAUGGAGAUAAUGAUAUGGCUGCUCUACCAUCUGAUUGAAGCCUCUCAGCUAGGGCAGCUACGCUCGUCCGUGUCGGAAGGACAAUACGAGGCAGUGGCCAAUCUAGGCAUGCUGGCAUUCAUGACCACCUUGCUCCCAGAGUACGGCCGAGUGCCCGACCGCUCCAACUACCCACUCCUUUGUCGUCGUCUGAAGAGCGCCAUCCAGGAUCUUCACUUCACAUCUACCUUGGAGGAGAACAGAGAAUCCUGGCUAUUGCUUCUAUGGGCACUGUUCAUGGGCGGACAUUUGGGAAGCCUGGAACUGUGCGGUUACUCGGAAUUGAACCGCGCGUAG